GAACAUGUGAUAGAAAACAAUUUUACGUCAGCAGGUUGGGGGGAAAACAACCCAGAAAGAAGUGGAUAACUACAAAUGAACGAUUUGCUGUGGAGAGACUUCUGAAAACGCCAUGGAGAAGGCUCCAAAACAGGACGUAUGGAACAUGGCCGACCUGGAAGGGAUGUUCAGGAAGGUUGCUGAAACAAGGAAAGGGAGGGAGAAAUUGAUGAAGUCUUAUAAAAGACUUCGAUUCAUCUACCAUCAGCUGAAAGAAAAACUUGAGGUUGAGCAGGAGAAGAAAAAUACAGAUCAAGAGCAACCAUCAAGUAGAACACAUGAACUUGAUGCAGAAAACAUACAGGUAUCAACAGAGGACUUUAAACUUAAAAAUGAAGACAUUGAUACAUCAGGACCAAUUGAUUACACUAAUAAAACCCGUCUUAAGGAGCCUUGCGAACAGCUACCUUCAUCCAAUGGCAAGGACAGUGUGUGUGAAGGUGCUUCAUCCUCUCAACAUGGAGGAGCAGUAUGUACUGUUCGAUCCUCUGAGACUCCCCACAGCUCUACUUCUAGUGAAGAUUCAAAGUGUUUACCAAACACUGGCAACAUUUUCCCGGCACAUACAGAGGCAAGGAGUUAUAUGGUAAGAGAUGAAGACAAUGGUCCUGAAGAUGUUGUGGAAGACAAGCCAAUGAUCAUCCAAGAGUCUUCAGUUGCUACUGAUAUGAGAAAACUUGCAAUGCCCGAGGUAUCAGGAUAUCCAUAUGUGCAAAAUAUCACUCCAGGUGUUGUCUCUUUGCCAGAUACAGAAAUGAUAGAUGUUAAAACUUUAUAUAAAUCAUUAGGUAUACAGAAUGUGUAUACUUCUGAAGGGGAAAAAGGAGCAAAUACACACCACAAAAAAGAUCGGGGGAUGAAAAGUUCCAGUCUUGAAAGCCUCCAACUGGCUCCAAAGCAAGGGAUGAAUAAUUUCUUUGCAGAAACGUCUUCAAGUAGUUCCCAAUCAGAUCAGCAGAUGGAUCCAGUUGACAGUGCAGCAUCUGAUGUUUCUGCAGACUUUUCAAAAUGUGAUCUCAAAACGUUGUUGCUUUCAAGCCCAGUAUGUCCAAUCUGUAACAAAAGCUUCUCCGCAAAGUCAGUUCUGAAAAAGCAUUUGCUCAUUCAUACCAACACUCGUCCAUACAAAUGUGGGACUUGUGGGAAUGGGUUCAAUUCAAGAAGUUCUUUACAGACGCACGAGAGGCUCCAUUCGGGAGAGCGGCCCUAUGGAUGUCGAUAUUGUGAGUUGAGAUUUGCAGUGAGUAGCCACAGAACAACACAUGAACGGACUCACACAAAAGAGCAGCCAUACCAGUGUGAGUUCUGUUCCCGUCGUUUCUCUCUAAGCUGUUCUCUGCAGCGGCAUCGACGACUCCACACAGGGGAGAGGCCGCACAAAUGCAGUGAGUGUGGCAGUGAUUUCAAACAGAAGGAGCACUUGAAGUAUCACAAAGCGAAAUACCACACUGGUGAGAAGCUGCACAGGUGUCCAGAAUGCAAUGAAGCUUUUGUCUAUGCCCAGCAGCUGAAGCACCAUAGGGCCAGGGUGCACACUGGAGAGAUGCUUUACAAGUGUAAUUACUGCAGUGAGGCAUUUUCCUAUCCCCAUCAGUUACGGUCUCACAGGGCUGAAGUUCACUCAGGUGAGACCCCUUACAAGUGCAGUCACUGCGGUGAUGCUUUUAAUUCAUGCCAGGAGCGGGAUUGUCAUAGAGAUCAGGUUCAUACAGGUGCGAACCCCUACAAAUGUGAAGACUGUGUGUGCGUGUUCUACCAUCCUAAGGAGUUGGAGCACCACCGGAUGCAGGUUCAUCAGGAUAAAGAAUCCCAAUGCCUGCCCUACUUUGGAGCUGAUGUAGAUGUAGCUGAGCCUCUGGAUGCUGAUUAAACAGCUGGAUGUAGCUUAAGGGUAAAUACACCGAGCAUUAGAUCCAGUAGAUGCACCAUCUCUGAACACAAUGUCGCAAAUAAGGGUAUCUGCUAAUGUGUGAGGUUGAUGAUUUACAAAUAUCCAUGUUACUAACAAACUGUUGUAACUACCUCAAACAAGAGGUCUGUUAGGGUGGUGAUGAACAACAUGCCCUGUCUCUAACACUCCGCUGUAAUUACCUCAAGUAAGUGGUCUGUUAGUUCUAGCAGGGGAGCGUGAAUUUUAAUUGUUGUGUUUUCAGUGUCAGCAUGUGUUCUUCUCGGAGGUUUUACUGACAUUGAACAUCAUUUCAUGUUCUUAGAUAGGUGACAUGAAAUUUUGUGGAACCAGCAUAAUGUUGUAAAUGCCUUGCCUGCGAAGAAUGUUGGCCUGAGAAUGUGUUGUACAGAAGGUUCUUUGGCUGGAACCAACAUCCUGCUGUAGAUGUCCAUUAGUUCUUAGUGGAUGUUGCUUAGAAAAAAACAUGGAUUGACCCAAGGUCAUGUUGUAUAUACCUAGCCUGUGAGGAGCAUUAGUUCUAGGGGAUGUGUUCCUCACGAGAUUCUCAAGCCAGAACAAAAUUAUUUUGUAUAUGUCUAGGUCUGUGUGGAACAUUAGUUCUAGGGGAUGUGUUCCUCACAAGAUUCUCAAGCCAGAACAAAAAUGAUUUUGUAUAUGCCUAGGUCUGUGAGGAGCAUUAGUUCUAGGGGAUAUGUUCCUCACGAGAUUCUCAAGCCAGAACAAAAAUGAUUUUGUAUAUGCCUAGGUCUGUGUGGAGCAUUAGUUCUGUGGUAUGUGUUCCUUAGAAGAUAUUCUAGCUGGAACCAAGAUGGUUUUGGGUUAGGAGAUACUCAAGCCAGAACAAAGAUCAUGUUGCAGUAGCCAAGCUUGUAAAGAAUGUUAGUUUUUUGGGAUGUGUUGUACAGCAGAUACCCUCACUAGAAUCAACAUCCUAUUGUAUAAGUCUAGCUUAUGAUGAUUGAUAGCAUCUCCAUGAGGUGUAGUACAGAGGAUAUCCUUGCAAGAAUCAACAUCACGUUGUAGAUGCCGAGCUUAUGAUGAGUGUUAGUUCUUACACUGUAUAGGGGAGAGCAUGCAAGGUAAAUACACUAUCACAAUAUGCUUAUUAUUCCAUACAUUUCUUAUUAUUAUUAAGACUAUAUUCUGUAGGGAUGCCAAUACAUCGAUACUUUUUCUAAGACGAUACAAUUAUCUACACAUUCAAAACUGUAUCGAUAUUAGUUUUGA